CGACAAAGCGGUUUCCCCGAAUUAGUAAAAUGUCUCAGGAACUGGAAAGGCAAAGUAAACUCCCUAUCUCCCCAUAUUCCAAGCUCACUUGACUACUCCGUUGUCCACAAUGGUCAAGGAAACAGAGUAUUAUGAUAUUCUUGGGGUUAGUACCUCUGCUUCCGAUCAGGGGAUUCGCAAGGCUUAUUAUCAGAAGGCGAUGCGUGUUCAUCCAGAUAAAAAUCCAAAUGAUCCUCAGGCUGCGGAGAAGUUCCAGCUUCUGGGUGAAGCUUAUCAAGUUUUGAGCGAUCCAAUGCAAAGAAAUGCGUACAAUCAAAACGGAAAGCCCUCGGUGUCAAGAGAAACCAUGCUUGACCCCAUGACAGUCUUUGCCCUGCUUUUCGGAAGCGAAUUAUUUGAGGACUACAUAGGGCAUCUAGCUGUGGCAUCGAUGGCUGCUUCUGAACUAGCCGAUGAAGCUGAGGAUCCUGAUAAACUACAUGAAAAUUUGAAGAUUGUUCAAAGAGAAAGAGAGGAAGAACUAGCAAGAUUCUUGAAAGAGUUUCUCAGUCAGUAUGUCCGUGGUGAUAAAAAGGGAUUUUUCCAGCGUGCAGAAUCUGAAGCGAGACGACUCUCUAAUGCAGCUUUUGGAGUUGAUAUGUUACAUACUAUCGGUUAUAUAUACUCCAGACAGGCAGCGCAAGAACUAGGGAAAAAGGCUAUAUAUCUUGGCGUGCCAUUUUUAGGAGAAUGGGUUCGGAACAAAGGACAGUGUUGGAAGGCACAAUCCACAGCUGCUAAAGAUGCUUUUCAGUUACCGCAGCUUCAAGAGGACGUCCGCAAGCAAUCUAAAAUGGAUGGUAGUGGCGCUGAAAUUAAUGUUGAGUCCCAUAUUCGCCUUAAUAAGGAUACGUUGAUGAGUUCCUUGUGGAAAUUAAAUGUGGUCGACAUAGAAGUAACACUAGUACAUGUGUGUCAAAUGGUCCUUAAGGAAAACAAUGUCAAGAAAGAAGAACUUAAAGCUCGGGCUAGAGCCCUCAAAAUUCUCGGGAAGAUAUUUCAGAAUGAAGUCUUUUGUGUAUUUUAUAUUCUAAAUGAAUACUAUAAUUACGAUUUGAGGAAAAGAAAUCGAAAGGAGGUACAAAAUCAAAGAAGAAAACUGUCGCUGAUUCUGAUGAUGAAGGAAAUAGUUCUGAUUCAUCUGAUGAUGAAUCACCCAGAGCUUCAUUUUUCAAUCAGGGUAUAGAAAAGCUCUUCAAAUGCCUCUGUAAUCCAGCAUUUGAUGAGGAUGACGGAUAGUUUUCAUAAGCAAAUGAUGCAUGCCAGAUGUUGACGCUGAGGUUCGUGAAACAAGAAUAUCAGCCCUUGUUCUGCAUUUUGCUUUCGUGAUGAUAGUUAUAGUAAAAGGUCAUACUGUCUUGCAGAGUUUCGGAGGAACUGUGGUGCCAGCCAUGUGUAAUUUGUCAUUGGUGUAAUCAUUUAAAAACGCAUCGUUUUCAUCA